AUGAGAUUUGGAAUCGGACUGCUAUUUUUGGCCGUGGGGGUCCAAAACUCGAUCCAGCAAGGUUUCAACGAUCCAAGCGGCUCGUCCAACAGCAACACAAGCUACUCGAGUGGGCUGUCGACAUCGAGUGGAUAUAUAUCGUCGCUGUCGAGCUCCAGCGUGCCUCCGUCGAGUUCGUUCUUCCCGUCGAGCUCGGCCGAGUCCUCUACGUUCUCGUUUUCUUCAUCAAGUUUUAGUUCUGUUUCAUCAUCAGCAACGCUCCCGAGCUCAAGUGCCAGCUCCUCGGACUCCUCGUCACCUUCCACCACUAGCGCGGCUGAAACAUCUUUCACAUCAAUAUCUUCCGAAGUCAGCAGCAGCAGCAGCAGAAGUCAGAGUAGCAGCAGCAGCAGAAGCCAGAGUAGUAGCAGCAGCAGCAGCCAGAGUAGCAGCAGCAGCAGCGACAGCCAUUCGUCAAGCUCCAGCAGUGCGAGACCAAGCUCGAGCUCCUCUGGUCCGCAGUCGACGUCCUCCACUUCCUCUUCUUCAUCUUCCGCCAGCUCAUCUACUGCCGAUUCGUCGGUUUCCUCCACAACAGACAACACACAUUCUUCGACCACCCCGCCUGCCUCAACUACUAGCAAACAGACCUUGACAACGAUGAUCAAUGGUAGAACGGUGGUUUCUACGGUAUACUAUACGGCUACCAGCACCGCGGGUUCCAAAGGAUCGGAAAAUGGUGGCUCUGGUCUUUCUAAGAAGAAUCGAAACAUAGUCAUUGGUUGUGUUGUUGGAAUUGGCGUACCCAUCCUUCUCGGGAUCCUUGCCUUCUUUUAUUUCUUCUGCAUCAGAUCCAAGAAGACAAACUUCAUCAAUUCUGAGGGUCACGUUGUCACUGCUUACAAGCAGAACAAGCUGACGAGAUGGUGGUAUGCUUUGAUGGGUAAAAGUGGUAGAAGUGAGUACGAAGGCGACUCUCCGAUCGGAGGCACUUCCGAGCUUGACGAUGAUAACAACGGACCAGGCGACCGUUCCAAUGGGGUUAGUAGGAAUCCUACCGACGGUCGUGGCUCGCAUUCCAAUGAGCUUAUGUUGGAUGAAGAAAAGUAUUACGACGAACAUGGUAAUGAACUGAACGCCAGAAAUUAUUAA